GCUACGGAAAACAAAUAAAAAAUUUGAGCUGGCAAGUUUUCAAUUCGAUGCUUAUGGUUAGAACGUACCGUUUGUGUUCGCUUUAUCGAAUCGGACCUGCUUUCCUUUUUUUGGUUUUCUUUGUAAACCAAAGCUUCUCUCUCCUGCUCCACAAAUUCUGCCUUUAGUUUGGCUCGGAAACCAUCGCUUGGAAUCUCCCCGUUAAAUCCUCUUCUGCACAAUGCUGAAUAAUACCGUGGGUACAGGAUCAUCAUCCAUUCUCCAGCAACGUCUUCGCAAUCCACCUGAACCAGUGCAUGGUUCCCCUCGCGGCGCAGGGAUGCAGUAUGCCGCAAAUCCAGCAUUCUCCAUGGGUGGGCCUGCUGCUCAGUAUAUGAUGUCUCCAGAGCAUAACAUGUCCCAGCAACCAGCAUACUACACGGUGCAGGGCCAUGGUCAAGCCCCCUUCUACCAGAAUGAUCACCUACCCCAGCAGCCAGAUUAUCAAUCAUCGCAUCUGCAGCAGAUAAUGGCCGGAGCAUCUCCGGCAGCGGCGGCAGUUGCUCUGGAAUCUCCUGCUCGUGCUCCCUCUGUAGCCUCUCAGCGCAGCGCCACUUCUCCGCCGCCCGUAUCGCAUGAACGAGCGGAAAGACCACCGCGAUCCCCGGGAUUCUUUGCUGAAUUGAAACCUCCCAAAGGACCAGAAAAACCACUGAUACCUUAUCUUCGCUUCAGCAAAAACAUUUGGGAAACAGUAAAAAAGGACCAUCCAGGUACGCCCUUUGCGGAAAUUGGCAGAAUUAUCGGUGAACAAUGGCGGACUUGCCCCGAAGACGUUAAGCAGAAAUACAUGGAUGAUUACAACCGCGAUAAAGAAAAAUACGCUAUAGCACAGAAAGCGUUUUUGGAAUCUCCUGAAUACCAGGAAUUUCUCAGUCAGAAGAAUAAACGAGAUCAGAUGGAAGAGGAAACGGAGCGGGCUGGCCGUCGACGGGAAGAGCAUUCAAAGCCUCCACCUGUGCCUGCGGGCCCUCCUCAACGUAGUGCCUCUUCCGGUGGAGUAACGAUGAACGUUACGGCUUCUGGAAGCUCUAGCCAACCUCUGCACGGUCCAUUGGAAGAGUUGCAGUCAAUGAGUCAACGGAUGCUCCCUCCUAAACCGGCUACAGGUGUCCCUAACCAGGGAGAAAGACCUCCAGGGGAACCAGAUGAAGAUGCUGAUGAUUAUUUGAAAGCAAAGCACACCGCGUCCGUACGAUAUCAGAGAAAUCACAAGCUGAUGGCCGAAUUAUCCAGCGAUGCCAUUGUUCCUGAUGGUCGGAUGGUGGUGAACGAGCAGAGAAUCACCCUUCUUCGUAAGCAAGUGCAGUCGCUUACGCACCAUCAGGACCGCUUACUAUUGGAUCAGAAAGAACUUGUGGAAAAACAUGAGUCAAAGAAACGGAAACUGAUGGAAGAUGCGGAAAACUUCCGUGUACGCUGGACACAAGUAAAAGAGGAAUGUAAACCAGUUUCCAAGGAGCAAUAUCAGGCGUUGGUGGAAAAACAUUACAAAGCAUAUGAAAAAUUGUACGCCGAGCAUCAGUUGCUGAAUCAAUCCAAAACUCAGCUUCCCAGUCAAGAUAUCCCUUACAAUCCACCAGCCCAUUCCGUUCCUAUGGAACAUCCAUCAGUGGAAUCAAUAGCGUCGCCACCUGCAGAUAGAAAUCAAGUUGCUUCUCAUGUGCAUGUGGUGGAUAUGAUCACAGAACCGAUCUCAUCGCCCAUUCCACCGCAGUUCGAUAAAGUCAACGACUAUGCACCGGCACUUAAAUUACCGGAAAACGACCUUUUAAAAGCCCCGGAGGAACCGUUAUCCGAGAGCUUUUCUGAUGUUGACAUUAGUCAGGUUCUAGCAGACGGUAACAAUGCGGGUGCUACGGAUCCUUCUGAAUCGGAGCACACCGCAACAGGUGAGGAAUCGUCGAAUGAUGUUUCGAUGGAAUCACUGGAUGCUGAAUCACAUGUGGAGGAACAUGAACAGCGUGAACAACCUUCAGCCAGUGAAGAUAGUUUGGAGCAGUCGUUCAUGUCUGGGAUGGAAGAUGCGGGUGACCAGGGAGAUGCUUCAGUUGUGUCACCCAAAGAAACGGCAGGUUCAGUUGUGUCACCCAAGGAAACAGUAUCUUCCGAUCCAAUUCCAAUUGAAUCCAUGGACGUGGAACAGCCUGACGGCACGCAGGAAGCAUCCAAAGAGGUCGAAUCGGUGCCACUUUCAUCAAAGACCAGCCCUCCUCCUGUCAAACGUGUUGGUUUAACGGCUUACUCGGAUGAUUCGAAUUCCGAUAUCAUAUCUGAAAGUGAACCAGAAAAAAAUACUGAGACCACGGUGGUGGCUCCUCCUUUGAAUAAUGCUACACCACCGCCGUUGGGCGGUUCUGAUUUCGACGGGAGCAUUCCUGUCAUAAGCGACGAGGCUGAGAAUACCGAUAUUGCAGAGCCGGAAACUGUCAAACAUUUGGGAAGUAAGACUUCGUCUCCUGUUUCCCCGGAGCUUUCCAAGAAUACGGAUAUUGCUGAAUCUCUGAAGGAGACGGAGAAGUUAAGUGGCGAGGCUCUUCCUCCGUCCAGUGAAGGCGAUAUAUCAGGCAACAUAAGGGAAGUGGAUAUUGCUGAUGGGGUUGUGUUUCCAUCACCAAAACUGGAUUCACCAGAAGAAGGAGGUGGGCAGGGAUACGCUGAUUACAUGUUGUAAAGGUAGAUCAUAAACACCAGAAUUGUGCUUGUCUUUUCCGUUGCUUGUGUACUGUAAAAUGAACCCGGAAUUUUUAUACCUACAUCUUACUCGUCACAUCGUUUGAUAGUUGCCCGUUUGGAAAGUUGUUGCUAGUACUUGUACUUGCUACUGACUGUACAGUGUACAUCCGACACUCUUUGCACUUUAUUUGUUAUUAUUUUUUUUAUCUUUUUUUACGGUUCGUACAUACCUCUGGUAGUUGUGGACUUGUGGUUAUGUCGUUGUCCUUAUGGUAAGAUUUUAUUCUGAGGUAAUGAAUGGGCUUUGCGAGAUAAUAUCUGUCAUAUUAUGUCAUGCAAUCCAUGAGAUCUGAUAUGAUGC